AUGGCAGAUGGGAAGGCGGGAGAGGAGAAGCCUGAAAAGCCGCAGCGAGUUGCAGCCGCCCGAGUAAUGGAGGGGAAAGUUCCAGUCGCAGCGCUGAGAAGCGAUCGGCUGAAGAAGAAACUGCAGACCUCUCAACAAAGCCUACAAAGAUCUCCAAUAGCAGCAGCUUUUAAUGAAGAUGAAGAUAGUGAACCAGAGGAAAUGCCUCCAGGAGCAAAGAUGAGGAUGAAGAAUACGGGAAGGGAUACACCAACAUCAGCUGGACCAAACUCUUUCAAUAAAGGAAAGCAGAGGUUUUCUGAUAACCAGAAGCCAUGGGAAUGA